AUGAAAAUGUUUCAGCUCAAAGUUUCUCCAGCAGCAGCAGCUCGAGCGCGCGGGACUCUCACACAGAAAACUCCUUAUUCAGCUUCUGUCUGACUGUGAUUUUGGACUAUUUUUAAGAGGGAUCGCAUUGUUUUUACGGACUUUUUGUCCCGAAUAGGCAGCCGAGGUAACCUUUUUUCUAACGGGACGCCGUUUUGCCUGAAUAAAUGAUGAGAAAGAACGCGUUUGGGAGUUGACAUGUUUGAAAGGUUUGAUCGCUGAUUGCCGUGGGGAAUUGUUGUUUUUGAGUGUGUUUAGUAUCUAAACAUCUGGCUCAUGUCCUCGGAGGCUAUUUUACCUCCGGAGGGGCCUGAAGGGCCAAAAAAGCAGCUUGAAGAGGAGGCAAACCCACUUCUGUCUAAAUCAACAGAUAAAUGCAACCGCUGCGCUGAUGAAUCCGUAGAUGCAACGGAAACAUCCCAAACCGCUGUACCCGGAGAUCCGACUACAAACAAACAGGAUCACAUGAUCAGCGAAAACCACACCCGUGAUGAUCUCGUUAGAACUCAGCCUCAGCCUUUGCCCCAGCCAGCAACAUCUCUGCAGCAUCCUGUCGAUGCAGAGGCUUCCAGGCAACAGAAUGGCCUACACAUGGUGCUAAGCAACGGCCAUGGCACACCCCGUGGGGUCACACAGCCUCCCCCAUCUAUCCACACUUCAGAACCCAGGAAGCUCCCAUCACCUGUCUCUCACCGUGUGCAGAAAAAGCUUCGCUCCAGCCUGUCGGUCAACAGCGACAGCAGCAGGAGGAGCAAAAGCAGCUCUACGGGUUCCCAUAAACCUGGCUCCACUCCAGAGGACUGCUGCGUCCACUGCAUCCUGGCCUGCCUGUUUUGUGAAUUUCUCACUCUGUGCAAUAUGGUGGUGGCUCAGGCCUCGUGCGGCACCUGCACAUCAGAAGCCUGUUGCUGCUGCUGCUGCGCUGACGACCUGGGAGACGACUGCAACUGUCCCUGUGACAUGGACUGUGGCAUUAUGGAUGCGUGCUGCGAGUCCUCGGACUGCCUGGAGAUCUGCAUGGAGUGCUGCGGAAUCUGUUUCCCAACAUAAACAAUCUACUGCAUUUAUACGACGGCCAGAACAGAUGUUGAAUGAGAGCGAGUGUGUGUGUGUGUGAGGGAUUGAGCAAAAUGAAGUGUGUGAAAAAUCUGUUCCUGAGCACAAGAUGACUGUAAAGGUCAUACAAAAAGACUUCAAUAUAUGAUGUAAUUCACAUAUACUAAUAGACUAAAAGUUAUGGAAGCGUGUUGCCAUGGAAUUUAGAAAUAUAUAAAGGUAAUUGUGACUUGAA